AUGGCUGGCCUAUCUCUGCAGCACCCCUGGGCAUUCGCUUUCGGCCUUCUAGGCAACGUCAUCUCCUUCAUGACCUUCCUGGCCCCGAUACCGACGUUCUACCGCAUCUACAAGAGCAAGUCGACGGAGGGCUUCCAGUCGGUUCCCUACGUGGUUGCCCUGUUCAGCGCCAUGCUGUGGAUCUUCUAUGCACUGAUCAAGUCCAACGAGACCUUCCUCAUCACCAUCAACGCUGCCGGCUGCGUGAUCGAGACCAUCUACAUCGUCAUGUACUUCGUGUACGCGCCCAAGAAAGCCAAGUUGUUCACGGCCAAGAUCAUGCUCCUCCUCAAUGUCGGCGUCUUUGGGGUCAUCCUCCUCCUGACCCUUCUCCUCUUCAAGGGUGGUAAGCGCGUUGUCAUGCUCGGAUGGAUCUGCGUCGGCUUCUCCAUCAGCGUCUUUGUGGCUCCGUUGAGCAUCAUGAGGCGCGUGAUCCAGACGAAGAGCGUGGAGUACAUGCCCUUCUCGCUCUCCCUCUCGCUCACCCUCAGCGCCGUUGUCUGGUUCCUCUACGGCCUCCUCAUCAAGGACAAAUAUGUCGCGCUUCCAAACGUCCUUGGGUUCAUCUUUGGCGUGGUCCAGAUGGUGCUCUACGUGUUGUACAUGAACAAGACGCCGGUGGCGGUUGCCGAGGGCAAGAAUGCCGGCGGCAAGCUUCCCUCAGCUGCAGACGAGCACGUCGUCGUCAACAUCGCCAAGCUCAGCCCCGUCCUCCCCGAGAGGAGCUCUGGGGUGCACCGAGCCACCCAGAUGGCGGUGGCGGCGGUUCCCACCAGGAGCUGCGCAGCUGAAGCAGCCGCGCCGGCGAUGCUGCCCAGCAGGGACGUGGUCGACGUCUUCGUGAGCCGCCAGGGCCCCGCCGUUCACGUGGCCUAG